AUGGUAGAAGCCUCUAAAGAUAUAGAUGCUAAGGUUGUGCAUAAUUUAAUAUCCUGUCGGGAGUUGGCUCAAAGGUCAAGCUGUGACUUUGCUCUAUCGGUGUGGUCACUUUGGCAAGAUUGCCCUUUAAUAUCCCUGCUGAAUGCAAAAGACUUUACUGGUCUGCUGCACCAAAUUUGUUCAAACUCUGAUGGAGUUUCAUUAGAAUAUUUUUUUGCAAUAUCCUGGUCCAUAUGGUAUAACCGAAAUCAGAUAGUUCAUAAUGAGCGUGGUCUUUCCCCUCUGCAAGUCUGGGAAAUGGCGAAGAGAGUUGUUGAUGACUUCCAAGAAGCUAACUUGCUGCAUUUGUCCUCGACACAACCAUCAAACAGUGGCUGGGCAGCGCCUCCCCCAGGUUUUUUCAAAAUUAAUGUUGAUGGUGCGUCGUCCUUGGAUGGUCAGGGGGUGUCGGGAGUGGGAGUGAUCAUUCGGGAUGCUAAUGGUGGUGUGCUUGCUGCUCUCUGUAAAGCCUUGCCUAUGCACUAUUCAGCUGAAUGGACUGAACUCUUUGCUAUGGAGCAGGGUGUCCUCUUGGCUCAGGAAAUGGGUGUUCAGCAGGCAAUCUUUGAAUCUGAUGCUUCCGCUGUCGUUCAAGCCAUUUCUCAAGACCUCUGUGGUGGUGAAUCAGGCCACUUGAUCCAAGGAAUACAGAACGCGAAAUUGCGCUUCUUGAGUUGCUCAUUUCGACAUGUGAAAAGGGACUCCAACAGGGCUGCCCAUGAGCUUGCCCAAUAUGCAAAAUGUAAAAAUGUCAGCUGUGUAUGGAAAGGUGUUUCUCCGCCUUUCUUAGAUUCUCUGUUUCAUUCGGGUAUAGGCUGA